CAUACUGGAUGUUUAACAUAUUUGUAAGACGGAUCAAGGUAGCCGUAGGAACACGACAGGUGAUGGUGAGACGCGUGAAAACAGUAUCACUCUGGUUCGGGGCAGCUCUUGGUUUCACGUACGUUAUCAGUAACAUACGUGUGUUUCCGGAACAGGACUUCUUCAAGCCAUAUGAUCACAAAAUAACGCCAAUUGACUUUAACUUCCGGAUACUACCGCAAUAUCACUGUCAUGGAUGGGAAGACGUUGAUCUCGUUGUCAUGAUAUUCUCAGUAGUUGGGAACAGGGAGCGAAGGGACGCUGUGAGACAUACAUGGGGACGGGUGGCGAGAAGAGGGUCGUGGCCUGGAGUCUCGAUGCAGGGCAGAGUACGGCUUAUAUUUUUAUUCGGCGAAACCAAUAAUCCAACACAGGAAGCAAGGCUGAAGGAAGAGGCUGAAGAACAGAAUGAUAUCGUUCAAGCUGGAUAUAUCGAAUCCUAUCAAAAUUUAACAUAUAAAACUUUAGUGGGAUUCAAAUGGCUUCGAGAGUAUUGCCCACAAACUGAAUACGUCAUGAAGGUUGACGAUGAUGUAUUUGUGCAUCUUCCAAGAGUGUUUGCAAAGCUAAAUUAUGGAGACUGGAGCAAAGGUAUAGCCGGUUCUGUGGUUAGAUCAGCAACAAAAAAAUUCUUUGGUAAAUAUUCUAUUGUUAAUUACCCGUAUCUCAUGUUACCGGAGUAUGCGUCAGGGCCAAUGUAUGUUAUGCCCAAACGAAUAGCUGUAAACAUUUUGAACAUUUCCGAGUAUAUGGUGCUUACUAACAUGGAGGAUGUCCAUGUGACAGGAAUACUUGCCAAGGCCAUCGGGGCGGGUCAUGUUGCCUUCAGCAGGGAGGACUAUGACCCGUACGCAGCACCACAGGUGUGUGAUUUUGUUCUCAGCAAGAAACUAGGUGGACAAAUGGUAGAUCCGCCGCUCGCUCACAGAAUCUGGAAAACAAUACAAAAGAGAACACCAUGUUCCUAAGGAACUGUCACUGCUCCUUAUCUUACCUUCAUGUAAAAUACUUUAAUAUCAUUGGUCAAUGACGCUUUAACAAGUUUCCGUGUCACCCCUCCAUGGAGGAUGACAACUGGAAAAAAUAUUACCCGCUGCCAAAGUAACCGCCACAAUCUACGCCGAAAAGCUGUAUCGCUGACAAUCGUAUGAAGUCAUGAUAUAUGACGCAUGCAGUGCAAUGAGUUCGAAAACCGUUCAAUUAGCUGUUUUGAGUUCAAUAUGUACAGAUUUAUUUUACUGGCUUUCACUGCUUUAUUUAUACUGUUUUAUACAUUGCAUCGUUUGCACACUCCACUUAAACAUUAUUAACCAUUUUAUAGCAGUUUCAAGCUUGUUAGAUUAUGUUUCACUGAUGUAAAAAAUCCAGUCGAGAGGCAGACGCCAUUUUGUUUACAUGUUAUAUAGUCGGUUGCGAGCUUAUCGAUCUUCAAAAUAAAAUA